GUCUAUUCUUUCUCUUCCAUUCUCCUUUCUUAGAUACCACCAAGGACAAUGAAGGCCUCCUUUAUCACUCUCUUUGCUGCUCUGGCCACCUCGGCCAUCGCCGCCCCUACCGGUGGUGUUCCUGGUGUCUCUGAGGUCACCAAGACUGUGAACAUUGGUUCCGUCUCCAGCAACGUCAUCUCCACCCCCAGUGCCAGUGCCAGUGCCGGCGCCACCGGCCACAUUGUCCAGGAUGCUGGCAACGGUGUCAACCAGGUCCUGACUGUUACUGGCGCUGACGCCAAGAAGCUCCUCGUCCAACUGAGCCCCGAGGUUGCCAGCCUCCUGUCCGGCCUGGGUCUGCCUGGCCUUGGAUCCUCCGUGGGUACCAUUAUUAAGACCGCUGCGUCCGUUGGCGACCUUGUCCAAGAUGUCGGCAAGGUCGUUGACGGCCUUCUCACUGUUGUCGAUAAGGACGGUCGCGCUCUUCUGAUCCAGCUCGACCCUGUGGUCACUGGUCUUCUCAGCGGUCUUGGGCUCCCCGAACUUGGUGUCCCCGUCGGCUCCAUUGUUGGCACCCUUGGCGAGAACCUUAAGCGCUCGGCCGAUGGAAAGAUCGUUCAGGACCUUGCUCCCAAGGUCAAGGAUGUCCUCGAAGUCACCGGCUCCGACUCUAAGCGCCUGCUCGUCCAGCUCAGCCCCUCCGUCGCCUCCCUCCUCACCAACCUUGACCUCCCCAGCGUUGGAACUCCCGUUGGACAGAUCGUCAAGACUGCCGGCAGCGUUGGCGACCUUCUCAAGGACAUCUCUACUCCCGUUGAGCAGCUCCUGACCGUCAUCGGCCAGGACGGCUCUUACCUUCUCAUUCAGCUGUCUUCCGACGUCACCUCUCUUCUCUCUGGCCUUGGCCUCCCCUCCCUUGGCACUACUGUCGGCAGCGUCGUCGCGACUCUUGGUCAGAACCUGUAAAUGGUGAGUGCUCUCCGUUGUGUUGUUGCCUGAUGGAGGAGCCGAUGCUAAUCAUUCAACUUUCAGGUGCACAGUUACGGUGGUCUGCAGUGAUGUCCUUCACAUCAGGUUUGCAUAUACUAUUACUACUCAUUUUCGCCCUGUAUUGUCGAACACAUGUUGCCUAUUAUGCUGUUGCGGGGCGGGCAGACAUGGCUAUAUAUUUAAUCAUAGAACUUCAUGAAACGAUAAAAACAAUCUCUUUUCCCUGUGCUUGACCUGUUAGCGUUCUCAAUAAACAAUCGCAAUAGCCACUGGGCCUGACUGAAGAGAGGAGGAGGCCUCAUUUGUGACCGCACAAUG